AUGAAGACCAUAGCAGCUGCUGUUUUACUACUCUUCUUUGUCUUCUCAACAAAAUCAUGUUUCCUUGGAGUAGCCAACGCUGCAAACGAGCCUGUGUUUGAUACGGAUGGUGACGAGCUCCGCACAGGUGUUGAAUACUAUGUUGUGUCGUCAAUUCGGGGUGCUGGUGGUGGUGGACUUGAUCUAGGGUCGUCGCCAAAUCAAAUAUGCCCAAAAUUCGUUGUCCAAAGGGGACUUGACAUGGAAUUUGGCAGGCCGGUAGUAUUUUAUCCCGUGGACGCCAACGAUAGUGUUGUCCAUCAAUCCACUGAUGUAAACAUAGUGUUCCUUCCAAGCAUAGACCCUUACUGCCGGACAACAACUAUGUGGAAGCUUGACAAUUAUGACCAUUCAUCGGGAAAAUGGUGGCUGACAACUGGUGGGAUUAGAGGUGAUCCUGGUCCUCAAACUUUGACCAGUUGGUUUAAGAUUGAGAAAUUUAGACCUGAUUUCACCGAUAGGGUUUACAGACUUAUUUUCUGUCCUUCAGUCUGUGAUUCGUGCGUAACUUUAUGCAAUGAUAUUAGUAGAUAUGAUUGUGGGACACAACUACGUUUGGGUCUCACCACUCCAGAAGCUGGAUGGCCAUUCAGUUUUGUCAAAGCAUCUAAGGACAUACAACAAGUUGUUGGGAAGCAGUCGCGCUAA